AUGGGCGUCACGAGGCGAGCACUGGGACCCGAGGUCAAGUCGCUGCAGUACUUUUUGAACCGCACAGCUGUGCUGAAGCAGUACCGCGAGUUCCUGCGCACCACGAAGCCGCUGGCCGCCGACGUGCGGCUGGACGUACGGCGCCAAAUCCGCGCAGGCUUCGAAGCCUGCCGCUACGAGGAGGACGAGCGGCGCGUGAGUAUGUUGCUGCGCCUGGCACGCGAUCAACUCAAGAUGGUAAGCGACCUGGUGGACACGGCACAGGCACAGCAGCGCAGCGAACGUGACUGGAAGAAAGGAGACUGGACCUCGGCCAAGGCAGUGGACACAACAAACUCGUGGAUGGACGCACCGUCAGAGGAUAAGGACGGCUCAGAGGAUGUAAAAGGCCGCGUGGGCACUGGGUGGCCCUGGAAGAGCGGCAAAGGCACAGACAAACUCGACCUCGAAGGAAUUAAGCGACGUUGA